UGCGUGUGUGUGUGUGUGUGUGUGAUGUGGUGACACGCAUGUCUGCUCCAUCUCCCUGAUUGCAGCGGCCGCCUGGAGGAGAGCAGCAGCGGCGGCAGCAGCAUCAGUCUGGUGUCCGGGGGGCAGACGGAGGAAUGAGAGAGGACCGAGCAUCGUCACCACCAUGCAGCAGCAGCAGCAACAGAAAGACAAGCAACAACAACCCACCAGCACCAGCACGUCCAUUUUCUCCGAUUCCAUGAGCCGAUGAGCCCCAGUGGUGUGUCUGUAUCUUGCGGGCGGGCAGCGGCAGCGGCCCCGGCGAAGACAACAUAGGCCAACGCCUCGCUGCAGAUACGUACAGGGAAUGAAAACGCUCCCAAGAUGGUCCGCAUCGCCAAGGCCCUGGGUCUGGUUAUCCUGUGCGUCGCCGUGCUCAUCCUGUCCCUCAUCAGCUACGUGUCCCUGAGGAAAGACAGCCUCUUCGCCUCCUCCAAGUACUACAUGGGAGGCCCGCGGAUUAUGUUCCACGCAGGGUUUCGGUCCCAGUUCGCUUUGAAUUUCCUGGACCCGUCCUUCAUCCCGUUAACCAAUGCACUAAAUGAAGAGCUGCAAGGAAAAUCUGCCAAGUGGAAGUUCAACAAGACGGCUUUUUCUCAGCUGAGGAAAGAUAUCUUCAGCUACAUCGACAUUCCCAACAACUUCUCCCUCACGAAGAACAGCGUGCGUGUCGGACAGCUGAUGCACUUUGACUACUCCAGCCACAAGUACGUCUUCUCCAUCAGCAACAACUUCAAAUCCCUGCUCCCAGAUGCCUCCCCCGUCCUCAACAAGCACUACAGUGUGUGUGCGGUGGUGGGAAACAGCGGCAUCCUGACGGGCAGCCACUGCGGCCCAGAAAUCGACCAGGCCGACUUCGUCUUCCGCUGCAACUUCGCCCCCACGGAGGUCUACUCCAAGGACGUGGGCAAGAAGACCAACCUGACCACCUUCAACCCCAGCAUCCUGGAGAGGUACUACAACAACCUGCUGACCAUCCAAGACAGGAAUAACUUCUUCCUCAACCUGAAGAAGCUAGAGGGCGCCAUCCUGUGGAUCCCGGCCUUCUUCCUCCAUACCUCAGCCACAGUGACCAGGACCCUGGUGGACUUCUUUGUGGAGCACAAGGGUCAACUGAAGGUCAAACUGGCCUGGCCUGGAAACAUCAUGCACGAUGUCAACAAAUACUGGAAGACUAAAAGCCUCUCUCCCAAACGUCUCAGCACUGGAAUCCUCAUGUACACGCUGGCUUACGCCAUGUGCGACGAGAUCCACCUCUACGGCUUCUGGCCCUUCGGCUGGGACCCCAACACGGGCAACGAUCUGCCUUACCACUACUACGACAAGAAAGGGACCAAAUUCACCACCAAGUGGCAGGAGACCCACCAGCUGCCCAGCGAGUUCAAGCUGCUCUACAAGCUUCACAGGGAAGGUGUGACCAGACUCAGCCUGACACACUGCACACCUUAGACAUGGUGUUGGAUGUUCUCCGAGUCGACUCCAGAGGCCGUGACCCAGAUACAUCGGCUCAGUUCACUCUUCUGUUGUGUCCCACAGUGCAUGAUAAGUGUUGACGUCAUUUAUGACAACUUCAUCCUACAAACACACAUCACGUUGUAGCUUCACAUGACGAUGUCAGACUCACUCCGGAUGUAGAUCCCACAUCUCAUUCAGGAUGUGGUUGUGUUCAGUACAGUUAGGAUUUUUUUUAAUGCUGCUCACUUGCCUUCAUUACUCCCCUCUGCAUGUCUGCUGGCUGUGGCUUACCGGCUCGAACAGAGCAGAUGUCUGUUUUUGACUGGAGUCUGCAGGGGAUUUAGCUGUAGAGUCGGAAGUAGUCAAACCAUCCAGUUGUGUUUAUUCAGUAUUGACUGAUUAAUCACCUAUUACAACAGUUCUGAAAAUCAAUACACUGAAAUCACUGCCUAAUCUCAGGGAAGGAGUUAGAUCAGUGUUUUUUUGGAAUCAGAUUCAACGCCUCAGAGAGGUGCCGUUCCUGUUUUUCAGGCCUUUUCCCCAUGAGGUGUGAAGAUUUGUUUACAAGACUACGCACGCACACACACACACACGCACACACACACACACACACACACACACACACACACACACACACACACACACACACACACAUAUACGUGUGUGUGUUUUAUUAUCUGCAGAAAGUUUGACCGUCCACACCAAUUUUGGGAAUAAUAAUCAACAUUCCAACUAAAAGCCAUAAAUUCAUGGACAGAAAGUAUGUUGUCAUUACAAUACAGAAUUAAAGAAAGUGGUAUCAACCUACAUUAGGUUCUGAGAACAAGAUUUUAAGAGUUGAAAUAUAUGUCCUAACAGCUGAAUAGCCACGCUAGCGGUUACAUUAAAGUCACGCGAGUUAAAUUAUAGAACCAAUAAAUACCUGGCAACCUUUGAAAAACCUAAUACGUCAUUUAACAACACUUGCUGUUGCUCUGAAAGUGGUUUCCAGACACUGUAGCACAGUAAUAAUAAUUAUAAUAAUAACAAUAACAUUUCUUUUACCAGUUUCCGAAGUUGCUACUCUUAUUUUCUGCCUUCAUACAUUACUUAGUUUGACAAUUUAUCAUAAUAAUAAUAAAAAUAACUAUCAAUAAUGUUGAAUUCUUCAAAUUUGGUUCAUGUUGCACAAAUAUGUAUUUAUUUAUUUAUUGUGUGUCUGAGGAGUCUGGAGUAACUUUCUUUACAGCAGUAAUUAGGUUCCAUUAAAUGACCUUCACGUUUGUCAAAGUUUGAACAGUAUCUAUUCUUCAAAGGUUUAGUAUCGGUGAUGUAAUGGCAAAACAUGAGAGCCACAAACUGGGGCCGAGCUUUUUCUGGCUAUUUGUAAAUCUGCUCCUAAGUUUUUGUGUCAAAUCUUUACUAAACUCUAACGAACUUCUAACGACUUUCAAACUAAAUCAAGUUGUGACUUCAUGGUGACGACAAAACUUCAGGGAGUCGCUGAUUCUCUCCAACAAAUUAACACAAUCCUAAAACCACUAAUUGUCACUUUUGAACACGUUUUUGUUUUUUGUAUAGACGAAUCAAACAAGAUUUAAAAUGUUAGCGAGCUUUAGCGCUGCUGAUUUUGUGACCUUUGGUCUCCGGGCUUCACUGAAUGUACAGACAUGAUUUUCUCAAAUGACUCUCGCAAGAAGAAGUGUUUUUUCCCUUUAAAAGCCAACAUCUUCGCUAGUAAAGACUUCAAUAAUGUAAGCAUAAUGCAACGUAAGCAAUAGAACCUCCAAAUGCAAACAACUGUCUUUGCAAAAGUAGUUUGAAAAGACUUUGUUUUAUCUAUAUAUGCAUACAUAGAGACGUUUGCAUGUUCUGUAGCAUUCAUGCACAUUAGUGGCAAAUCUAAUUAUGUUAACCUGACUGCUUUAGCUAUUUAGUGUAACGUUACGCACAUAAAAUUCCAUAAUUUGAGCUAAUUGCGUUAUUUCUUUGUGAAAUGCAAUUUCAAAUGUUUAAGUUAAAUACUUUGAUGAGCGACAGGUCAACCAAAUUUUCUCGCGCCAUCGUCUCAUCAUGCUUAACAGGUCUUUUGCUAGUUGCUCGUUCCGUUAUCUAAGCAACCUGGCUGUUAAGUGGGUGUUACUAAUACAUAACAGAUAUUCUGUGUGGUGAAACCCGUUUUAAUUUCUCGGUGCUUAAAUCCCCACUCAGUAAAUUCAAGUAACUGUCCAAGGAAACGAGUGCAAUUUGGCAGUUUAUCCCAAAAAAUGUGAGGUUUGAGGGGAAGGCGACUAUAAUACGAGCACCUUGUGACCUGUGACCCUGCGCUAGCGUGGCUGAAACAUCACUAACAUCUUGGACACAGUUUAUUCAGUCAUUUACUACUAACUGAUCUUGAGGUUUACCACUAUUUCAAUAAUACUCUAUUUAAUAUUGGGCUUUUUUUUGACUGGGGAAAGCUGUCAACUCAUCAUAUAACCAUAUAGAUCCCAAUAUAAAAAGGAUUGAAAUGCUGCAUCUUUAAAAAAUAAAUUUAAAAAAGCAUGAUCCAUUUAAACGACAUUGCAUGCGAGGCACUAACGAAUCUUUUAGGCUAGUUUUAUACGACCUUUUUGAAGCUUGUUUUGAGGGCAAAUUUGAGUUCUUUGCGAUUGUUUGUAUUCCUGAUGGUGUAUUGAAAUAUCACCAGUGUCUUUGUAUGACAGACAUUUGAAAGCUAAAAAAAAGGAAACCUACUGCUCUAUUCCACAUGGGACCAAAACCUCUACAGAUCAACUUAAAAAUGAACAGCUUUAUUUUUUAUAAGUGUAGAUAAUCUAGGGUCUUGAACAAAAAAAAGCUCCACCCCAUCGCACCAGACUGAAGCAGACUGGUGUUGGUGGGGUUGAGGACGAGCGGGGGCCCGAGCGGUGAAAGCUGGCCCACAUGACCGUCUCAUGGCUCUGCAGCAUUGUGCUUGAUCCUCGUCGCAAAUUCAGGCUUAGGUCUAACACACAGAGCAAUGCAGUCAUCGGCACUUUUGAAGAUGAAGUGUGCGCUUUUGUGCUCGAUCAGAAUUUGGCGUGGCGAGCAUUUGCCCGCCACCGUGUCCCGCACAGAGCGUUUAUUCUGUCUGUCUCCCGAGGCAAGACGAACACAUCAGAUAGUAAACUUCCGUGUCUCAUCUCUGAAUCACAGUGCAGUCACCACAACCGCCACCAACACACACAUGGUACGAAUAGCUGAAUUUAGGCCAUUUAAUUGAUGUCAUAGUUUAAUUUUGUCCCCUCAUUAGGAAUGUUAUAUAUGCACACCAAAGACCAUGUGUUUAGACGACUCACACAGAGUAUUGUUGUAGAAUAAAUUGAUUGUUUCAUUUUUCAAAAUAUUGAAUUUCUGCUUUUUGUGGCACAGAAAAAUGAUUUGAAACUUUUUUUUCCCCGUUUCAGCCAAAGUAACGUAUAGUGGAAUUUAUAUGUGACUCCAUGAAUGUUCUCUUGUAGCUUGACUCGUUUUGAAAAAUUCACUGCCGCUGACGUGAAUGCUGGACGUUUUUCCUUCUCCUAAAAGUUUCUCUUGAAUUUUUGAACAAUGUGUGUCAACAGAUGGGGAUUGUAAUUCCAGUCAGAACAACAGCGUAUCUUUCUGUGCGUUACUUUUAAAAAUGACCAGACAGUGACAAACAUAAUCUUAACAUAAACUGUCUUUAUUCCAAAUGCAGCACUAUACAGGACCCCACAACAACCCUUUAACAUUAUUGUAGUUGUGUUCAAUCUGCAUGGCGACUUUCUUCCAUAACGCAUAAAAAAGCUUGGCUGCUUAUGUACAUGUCGUAUAAAAGUCAUAACUCAUGUAAGGGACUGUGCUAUCUUGGUCGUUCAUAUAUGAAAUGUAAACAUGUCUUCAAUGUUUUUCGAUUAUACUCCAUGGUAAAUAUACAUUAUGUGCCUGCAUUACUCCUUCCAUCAAUGCCUCAAUGUGUCAAAUAAAAACGGUAUUUUUCUCUGA